AUGGCCGAACCGGAGAGCGAGACACAUUCCGCUAUACCACCUACCUCACAGACCACUCCCGAACCACGAGCAGCCCCAGACAUAUCGGUCUCACCGUCAACCGCAGAUAUCUCAGACUACCUACUGCCAAAUUCGCCUGCUCGACCACUCCAGCCUCCUACUACCGCAGAAUGGUGGUCCACAAUGCCGAGCUCUGAUUCAGUGCACGAGCAGAACUAUCCGGCUGCACUUGAAGUGUACAGCGGCUUCUCGUCUGAGGUCAGAACCAAGGCAGACACUGCUACAGAAGAGUCACAGGCACAGCCACCGAGUCCGCCUCAGAACUUCACCUUCAUGGGCAUGGAUCGCCAAGAUCCAACCACCAUCGAUUGGCGUAGCAUCAGUCUCAGACGGCCAGGUGCCAUGCCGGCAAUUGAAGCUGAUAACAUCGCCAAGGGCAAACCUGGCUGGAUGAGAGCUCCGUCUCCACACUACGCGACUGAUAGAAGCAACCUUCCUACCACUUCAAGACCUGUAUCGCCAGAAGGGGCUCCGGAGAAGGCUGAACCACGAGAGGCAGGCGAACAAGAAGUGGGCGCGAUUGAGGGUGUUGACUAUGGUGUUCCGACAGGCAGUAAUCGUCCUGUGGUAUUCUUCGACAAGCCUCGCCAGUCGCAAGUCUUGCCGGUGUCAACGUCGCCAGCAUCCGCUUCGCGUCAGCGCCGAGCAAGCAGUAGCUUCGACAAGCCCGUUCGUGGAAGGGCACGCACGCCUGUGCCGUGGCUUCACCGCUCGCCACUGGAUGACGAGCCCCUUCGCCAGGAACGCAGCCGCAGCGCCAACUCAGCGCCCUUCGCUCACCAUCGAGCAAGCAGUAUCCCAUCACUGCCAGAGCUCCCUCCAGAUCGAUCCGCCUUCGAGCCUGAUAUCCACGCUUUCCACCCCUCCUUCCUCACUCGCCCGAUUCCUAGAGCCAACAAUGUAGUCCCGUCCGUGCUCGCUCGCUCCAUCAUCAGACCCAACAUCCAUGAGCAAGAAAGCAUGUUCAACGACUUCCUCAACCGCCACCUCAGCCACCACGGCCGCAACGACGACCACAAUCAUACGCCGUUCCGCAGCCCAUCUUUGCCUCAUGUGCAAAUGCACGGCAGCAGUCACGGUCUCUACGAGCGCAGCCCCUACCGUCCGCUUACGCAUACGCCCACACCGAGCUUCACCAACACAUUCGGCAAUGAUCCGCGGAGACCGCAGACGCUGAGGGGAUUGUAUUCGCCCGUAGUGCUGUUUCGGUGUAAUUUGUGCGUGGAGGAGGAUGGGGCGACGACGUAUGGCAGUGUCGAGCGGGUUGAGCGGCAUUUGAGGGUUCGGCAUGGUUAUGGCGGUAACGAGUCAAUGAGUGGGGAUCGCGAAGGGCCCGUCGCGGAGUCUGCAGUGCGAGAGAGUCAUGCCGAUUGGUAUUUCGGGAUUGACAGUGAUGCUGUAGACAGUGAUGCGGUGCGUGAGAUGGAGGAUAUGUAUGGCGUUAACAUCAGGAUGGGUCCAGAAGACGAGUCCGCUGAUGGUAGCGGGAACGCUAAUUUCGGAGCUGCUCACGGCGGUCACGAUGGCGAUGCUGAUGGGGAAGCGCAGCACGAUGCGGACGAUGCGGACGAUGAGUCUGACGAUGAAGUCCCCAUACCCGGAACGAUCGUCCCGGGAACGACAUCAACACCGCCAACACCAGGUGACAGAUGGUAUUUCGGCCGUCUUGAGAAUGAGAAACUCCGUGGCCGACAACCGGCCACUCGAUUCUGGGCCAGACCCAGCGGUAGCGGUUGCGACGUGGGUACUCAGACAGACAUGUCUACCGCGGAGCAGGGAGGAGAACUGUAUGACGACACUGCUGCUGCUGCUCCUGCUUGUGGAGUGGCUCAGGGCGCUACUGGCAGAUUGGUGUAUGCUCGCAUGCCGGGGUCGUUUGAGGCUUCUGGGUAUGUAUUCUGA